AUCACUUCCUUCAGUGCUGGAGGGGAAAAAGCACCAAUCUGGGCACCCGGGGGGCCGGGCUGAGCGGCGGUCCGGCGCCACCUCCCCGCGCGGCGGCCCCGAGCAGCCGCCUCCGCCGAGAUGUCGCCUCGCCUCGGGGCCACCUGUUGGCUGGGCUUCGGUCUCCUGCUCCUCGUCGCUCCUUCCGAGGGGCGCGUCGGGCUCGGAAAGGGUUUUGGAGACCAUAUUCACUGGAGGACUCUCGAAGAUGGGAAGAAAGAGGCAGCUGCAAGUGGCUUGCCGCUGAUGGUGAUCAUCCAUAAGUCUUGGUGUGGAGCAUGCAAAGCUUUAAAACCUAAAUUUGCAGAAUCUACAGAAAUUUCAGAACUGUCCCAUAAUUUUGUUAUGGUAAAUCUGGAGGAUGAAGAGGAACCCAAGGAUGAAGAUUUCAGUCCUGAUGGGGGUUAUAUCCCACGGAUCCUUUUCCUGGAUCCCAGUGGCAAGGUGCGCCCUGAAAUCAUCAAUGAGAGUGGAAACCCCAGCUACAAGUAUUUCUACGUCAGUGCUGAGCAAGUCGUUCAAGGGAUGAAGGAAGCUCAGGAGAGGCUGACCGGUGAUGCCUUCAGAGACAAGCACCUUCAAGAUGAGUUGUGACGACCGAGGAAUCCCCCAGAGCAGUUCAACCACCGGGAACCGUGCUGCACCCACACCGGAAGGAGCGCUGGCCGUGGCCGUGGCCUGCUGGCGGAAGCCGGUCUGCGGAGCGGCAGCACGGCCGACCGAGUCUUCUGCUCCCCCUCUCCUACACAGCCGUUCCUCCGAAUGUAAAGAAUGAAACUGUUUGAUACAAAACUUGAGCCACUGGGACACGCACUCCAUGUCAGUAUUUAAGUCUUUACCCAUUUCUCCUGCUCAUGCUGAAGUGAACGAAAAAUGGAAGUGUCUUUUCUAUAGUGUACAAAUUGCAGGAAUUCCUUGCCAAUUUUUUAAGAAGACAUUCUCCUUUUCUCUUGGUAAUAAUCCUGGGCUUCUUCCUGAACCCCUCCGCCCUUCCUCCUUUUGCUCAGACAUCCCCAUUUGCACGCAUGCGUGUCAAGAAUGGCUGUGUGCGGGACUCGGCCCCAACUGGAAGCAUGCUUUCCCUGAUGCUGUUAGAGAAACUGAAGCCUUCAAGCCUGCGUGGAGCCAUUUUGUCAAUCCAGCAACUGUAUUUUUGUACUGGGGUUAAAACAAACACAAAAGAUAAACUGUUGUUUCAUUAAGCUUUAUUAAAACUUAAAACAGAAA